CACGCGUACGCUCGCUGCAAGCCAGACUCAAGAACCACAGGCGAUUAGCAGCCAGUCUGCGUCGGGUCUAGUCGUGACUUUUUCUCUGAGGUGCUCGGUUUCUUCCUGGACCCGUUCAUGCUCCUUCGCGCCGCGAGUUGCAGUUGGUUUCGUAAGUGCGAUUUUGCUCGGGAUCGCGCUAAAGCCUUCGAUUGAAUGAAAGUGAAUUGCGAGUGAUUUUCGCGACAAACAAAGGAAAAUAUCAUCACGUCAUGAUGAACCCGGACGACCACGCGGAGGAGGAGCGCAAGAGUUUCUUGCAGGUUCUUGCCGCCUUCAAGCAUUACGACACCUACUCGAUGCUGAGAGUAAACAAGACUGAAUCAUACCUAAAUACGUUACCAAAUGAACACCAAGACAUGCUCCUACCAUAUCGAAAUCACUUGAAUAAACUACGAGAUUGCAUCGAAUGUAAUUAUCGUAUAAUAUCUAAAAUGAUCAAAGAUUCAGAUCAGCUUUUCUUGAAUUCCGGGGAAACGUCGAUACGACAAGAAAUCGUCGGCGCAGAUGAAGUAACGAAAAUUCGCCAGCAAGAUUUAGAAAGUAGGGUUGAUCCAUUUAAAUCAUUAAAGGUCCAGAUAACGUUGAAACAAUUCGCUAGAGACUGGAGUUCCGACGGCGAGGAGGAGCGACGACAAUGUUAUCAGCCAAUUAUUGAUGCAAUCAUGGACUUCUACAAACCUGAAGAAUAUGAUUUAUCAAAAAUCAAAAUUUUAGUACCUGGUGCCGGUCUCGGUCGAAUGGCUUAUGAACUAGCUUAUCGAGGAUAUUGUUGUGAAGGCAAUGAAUUCUCAUUUUUCAUGUUAAUCGCCUCAAAUUUUGUUCUGAACAAAUGUGAGAUCGAGAAUCAAUACACAAUUUAUCCAUGGAUUCAUCAAUAUGUAAAUAAUGUUUGCCGUAGUGAUCAGAUAGCACCGAUUACGUUUCCAGAUGUGAGUCCAGUAGAAGCGCCUCCGAAAGGUCCCCUAUCAAUGGUUGCUGGAGAUUUUUUACUUGUUUAUACCGAGCCUGAUAGCUGGGAUGGUAUCGCCACUUGCUUCUUCAUUGACUGUGCGAAUAACGUAAUUGAAUUCAUUGAGACAAUUUACAGAAUACUGAAACCUGGUGCUAUUUGGGUAAACCUUGGACCUCUACUCUAUCACUAUAGCGACGUGCAGGACGAACUGAGUAUUGAACCAACUUGUGAAGAUCUAGUUGCGAUAAUCAAAGCUGUCGGUUUCGAGCUACUAAAAUGCGAGACCGGCGUACGGACGCAGUACGCUCAAAAUCCUAGGUCGAUGCAACAAAGUGAAUAUCUUAGUAUAUUCUGCGUGUGCCGAAAACCUUUAGUAAUAAAUAAUGGAAUUCACAUCGAAGAAGACAAUUGAAAUUUUCAUUUGACUGAUCAGCUUUUUUAUUAGUUUCAUUUUUAGUUAACUUUUUUUUUCAUUUAUUACAAUUUUAACUUUUCUUACAAUUCUUUUGUAAUUGUAUUUUCUUUAUUUUCAAUUACUUAUUGAAAUUCGAAUUUAAAUAUUGUACAAACAAUUGCGGCACCUUGUCUAAAGUGGUACUAGUUGAAUGCAUUUUACUAUACGUAAGG